CCCCGGCCUCUCUGUCCCGCAGACAUGUCCUUCCGCAAAGUGGUCCGGCAGAGCAAAUUCCGGCAUGUGUUCGGGCAGCCGGUCAAGAACGACCAGUGCUAUGAGGACAUUCGCGUGUCCCGUGUUACCUGGGACAGCACCUUCUGCGCUGUCAACCCCAAGUUCCUGGCAGUGAUUGUGGAGGCCAGUGGCGGGGGUGCCUUUCUGGUGCUGCCCCUAAGCAAGACGGGCCGCAUUGACAAGGCCUACCCGACGGUGUGUGGGCACACAGGACCUGUCCUGGACAUCGACUGGUGUCCCCACAAUGACGAAGUCAUAGCCAGCGGCUCGGAGGACUGCACGGUCAUGGUGUGGCAGAUCCCAGAGAAUGGGCUGACCUCCCCACUGACAGAGCCGGUGGUGGUACUGGAGGGGCACACCAAGCGAGUGGGCAUCAUCGCCUGGCACCCCACGGCCCGAAACGUGCUGCUUAGUGCAGGCUGUGACAACGUGGUACUCAUCUGGAACGUGGGCACAGCAGAGGAGCUGUACCGCCUGGACAGCCUGCACCCUGACCUCAUCUACAACGUCAGCUGGAACCACAACGGCAGCCUGUUUUGCUCAGCGUGCAAGGACAAGAGCGUGCGCAUCAUCGACCCCCGUCGGGGCACCCUGAUGGCAGAGCGGGAGAAGGCUCAUGAGGGGGCCCGGCCCAUGCGAGCCAUCUUCCUGGCAGAUGGCAAGGUGUUCACCACGGGCUUCAGCCGAAUGAGUGAGCGGCAGCUGGCACUCUGGGACCCAGAAAACCUCGAGGAACCCAUGGCCCUGCAGGAACUGGACUCGAGCAACGGGGCCCUGCUGCCCUUCUACGACCCCGACACCAGUGUGGUCUACGUCUGCGGCAAGGGCGACUCCAGCAUCCGGUACUUUGAGAUCACAGAGGAGCCCCCCUACAUCCACUUCCUGAACACAUUCACCAGCAAGGAGCCCCAGCGGGGCAUGGGCAGCAUGCCCAAGCGGGGCCUGGAGGUCAGCAAGUGCGAGAUUGCCCGGUUCUACAAACUUCACGAGCGCAAGUGUGAGCCCAUCGUCAUGACUGUGCCAAGAAAGUCGGACCUCUUCCAGGAUGAUCUGUACCCUGACACAGCCGGGCCCGAGGCAGCCCUGGAGGCUGAGGAGUGGGUGAGCGGGCGGGAUGCUGACCCGAUCCUCAUCUCGCUGCGGGAGGCCUACGUGCCCAGCAAGCAGCGGGACCUGAAGAUUAGCCGGCGCAACGUGUUGUCUGACAGCCGGCCCGCCGUGGCCCUGGGCUCCUCCCGCCUGGGGGCCCCUGCAGCCACCACCAUUGCUGCUGAUGCCACUCCCAGCGGCAGCCUGACCAGAGCCGGGGAGGCUGGGAAGCUGGAGGAGGUGAUGCAGGAGCUGCGGGCCCUGAGAGCGCUGGUCAAGGAGCAGGGGGAGCGCAUCUGCCGCCUGGAGGAGCAGUUGGGCCGCAUGGAGAACGGGGAUGCGUAGGGCCACAGCCACGCGCCACCUUCAUCUCCUCCUCCGCCCCCUUCCCACUCAGCUUCUGCCAGCGGGUCGCACCGGGCUGGCUGGCUGCCCAGGGCCUCCGAGGCAGCGCAGGGGUCGGUUCCCACCCCGACCUGUCCCGGGCUGAGGCCGAAGCCACCACCCAGCUUUCUUCACUGUUCCUGUGGAGGAUUUCCAUGCCCAGGCGAGCUCCUCCUCCUCUGAGGGACCAUCUCCCCGACCACUGCCCAGCCCUCUGCUCCCUCCCCAGAGGAGGCGGGAAGGUGGGCUCUAUAUUUUCAUUCCAAAUAAAAUUCUCUUUCUAAAAGCC